CCAUGGGCAAGGACCAGGAGCUGAUGCAGGCCGUCAAGGCGGAGGACGUGGGCGCCGUCCAGAAGCUGCUGCAGAGGCCCCGGCCCGGCAAGGCCAAGCUCCUGGGAUCAACGAAGAGGGUGAACGUUAAUUUCCAAGACACCGAUGGGUUCUCUGCCCUGCACCAUGCGGCCCUCAACGGCAACACGGAACUCAUCUCGCUGCUGCUGGAUGCCCAGGCGGCCGUGGACAUUAAGGACAACAAAGGGAUGCGGCCGUUGCAUUAUGCGGCCUGGCAGGGCAAGAAGGAGCCCAUGAAGCUCGUGCUGAAGGCGGGCUCCUCUGUGAACAUCCAGUCUGACGAGGGGCAGAUCCCCUUGCACCUGGCGGCUCAGCACGGGCACUAUGACGUGUCGGAGAUGCUCCUCCAGCACCAGUCCAACCCCUGCAUCCUGGACAACUCUGGGAAGACCCCUCUAGACUUAGCGUGUGAGUUCGGCCGUGUCGGGGUGGUGCAGCUGCUCUUGAGCAGCAACAUGUGUGCUGCUUUACUGGAGGCCAAGCCAGGAGACAUCACCGACCCCAACGGGACCAGCCCUUUGCACCUGGCGGCCAAGAAUGGGCACAUCGACGUCAUCAGGCUUCUGCUGCAGUCCGGCAUCGACAUCAACCGGCAAACCAAGGCGGGCACGGCGCUUCACGAAGCGUCAUUGUGUGGCAAGACCGAUGUUGUGCGCCUCCUCUUGGAUAGCGGGAUCAACGCCCACAUCCGCAACACCUACAGCCAGACAGCGCUGGACAUCGUCAACCAGUUCACCGCGACACAAGCCAGCAAGGAGAUCAAGCAGAUGUUGCGAGAUGCUUCAGCUGCCCUCCAGGUCAGGGCCGUCAAAGAUUACUGCAACAACUACGACCUGACCAGCCUCAACGUCAAGGCCGGGGAUAUCAUCACGGUCCUGGAGCAGCACGCAGACGGCCGGUGGAAAGGGUGUAUCCAUGACAACCGGACCGGCAAUGACCGUGUGGGCUACUUCCCGUCCAGCCUGGUGGAGGCAAUCAGCAAGCGCACAGGUCCGUGGAACGGCAGCCCCGGGCAAUUCCAGGCCAUCCCGCUCCCGGCAUGUGGGGCCUCCGUACCCAAUGGCCUCUCCUGCUUCUCCUCUUCCUCCUCCUCCUCCUCCUCCUUCUCCUCCUCCACCCAUCAGAUCCAUUUCCUGCCUCCGCCUCCACCACCACCAGCCCCCCACCAGCUUCUUUUCAGUUCCUUUGGCUACUGCCGGUUGCCCCACGGUGCCCUGGAAGGGCCGGGCGCCAACCCAGGUUCCCGAGGGUCCGACGCCAGCCCGUCCCACCUCUCCCCAGGCGCGUCUGCAACCACGCCGGCCCCUGCAGAAGAGAUCUGGGUGCUUCGGAAACCCUACGCAGGUGGCGACCGCAGCAGCGUCGGCAGCACGGGGAGCGUGGCCAGUGGCCGGAGCUCAGGGAGCGGCCAAAGCACGGGCAGUGGGAGCCAUGCCCUCCACCCCGGCUCAGAAGGUGUCAAGCUGCUGGCAACGGUCCUUUCCCAGAAGGCUUCUGUGCAAGAGUCUGCCGUGGGCGACGGGCCUGCCAAGGCAUCGGAGACGCCCGCAGGUUCUUCUCGGACGCCGAGUCUGAGCGGCCCCUCGUACCCCAGCCAGCCCUACGGCGAGCAGCCGGUGAAAAAGGUGGAGCCCCUGUCGGAGGGGAAGAGCUCGGAGGCCGUGUACCAGUGGCUUUUUAAGUUCCAGCUGCAGCUGUACGCCUCAAACUUCAUCAACGCCGGGUAUGAUCUCCCCACCAUCAGCCGGAUGACGCCAGAGGAUCUGACUGCCAUCGGGGUCACCAAACCUGGCCACAGAAAGAAGAUUGCCUCGGAGAUCAACAGUCUCAGCAUUCCUGAGUGGCUCCCGGAAUACAAGCCAGCAAACUUGGCUCUCUGGCUGUCCAUGAUCGGCCUGGCCCAGUACUACAAGGUGCUGGUGGAGAAUGGCUAUGAGAACAUCGACUUCAUCACCGACAUCACUUGGGAGGAUUUGCAGGAGAUUGGCAUCACCAAACUGGGCCACCAGAAAAAGCUGAUGUUAGCUGUGAAAAAGUUGGCUGAGAUCCAGAAGGCUGAAUACGUCAAGUACGAGUCUGGGACCCUGAAGAAGAAGGGGGCACCUCAGUCGCUGGACACAGUGGCCAUUGAGUCCCCCCAGCAGGAGACGGCUGAAUGUCAGUCCCCCAAGAUGACCACUUUCCAGGACAGCGAGCUGAGCAACGAGCUGCAGGCGGCCAUGACGGGCCCUGGUGAGGAAGGGGCAGAAAAGCAGGUCAAUCAUGUGGGGCACUUCCGCGAAGGGGCGGCCUUCCGGCACUCCGCCCGCCUGGCCCACGAGAACAGUCUGAGUGGGCGGGCUAAACUCAUGAGCAGCUCCCAAGAACUGCUGGGGGAUGGACCCAAAGCCGCCGGCACGGCCAUCUCCAAGAGCCAGGAGUACCUGGCGGAGGACGGGAAAGAGGGACCGGCGACUCUCCCCAAGGAAGUGCGUAGUCUCCGACACAGCCACAGCAUCAAGCGGGCGAGCGUGCCGCCAGUGCCUGGCAAACCGCGGCAAUCUUUUCCCCCAUCCGGAGGGCACUACACUCCCCCGCAAACGCCCACCAAGCCCCGCCCAUCCUCGCCGCAGACACUUGGCAUGGCACAUGCCACAGCCAAGGUAAAACCUACGCCACAGUGGCUGCCGCAGUCGGACCGCCCCAUGUCUCCCCGUUCACUGCCUCAGUCCCCCACGCACCGCGGCUUCGCCUAUGUCAUGCCGCAGCCUGUGGAGGGAGAUGCUCAUACGGCAGGACCCUUGGCACAAGCUGUGCCGGUGUUGCCUGUCUCGGUGCCCGUGCUCUGCCUGCCGCCUCAGGCUGGAGACGGCGAGGAGGAAAGCGGCCGGCCAAAGAAGAGGGCUCACAGCCUGAACCGUUACGCCAUGUCAGAUAGUGAGCAGGAACGAGACGAACUGCUGGUGCCGGACGCCGGUCCCUAUGCCACUGUACAGAGGCGAGUCGGGCGCAGCCAUUCAGUGCGGGCGCAGUCGGGCAACGAUAAGAAUGUCAAUCGCAGUCAGUCCUUUGCCGUACGGCCAAAGAAGAAGGGUCCCCCGCCUCCGCCCCCCAAACGUUCCAGCUCUGCAAUCUCCAGCACUAACAUGGGUGACGACUUCACCAAGGAAGGGGAAGAGGGACCGGAGCCCUCCCCGGAACAGCAGCAGAGACGGGCCAGUGAUUUUGGCGGGACUAUUGAUACGGGCAGCGCUGGAAGCGUCAAGAGCAUCGCGGCUAUGUUGGAAAUGUCAUCCAUUGGCGGUGGUGCCCGGGGACUCGCCCUGCAGAAGCCACCCGGCCUUGGGAAGGGCUCCGACGGAUACUACUUGCAACCGGGCGCUGCUGUUCACCCAUCCAGUCCAGAACACUCUCGUGUCGCGACCGUGCUGGCCACUGUGAAGCACAAGGAUGCGAUUGGGCUAGACGGCGAGGUUGUGAACCGCCGGCGAACAAUCAGCGGCCCCGUCACUGGACUAGUUACAGCUGCCCGCCGUGAGCGGUCAGAUAGCAUCAAGUCUGACACGGCUACAGAUGGCGGCCCCACUGAGCGGCUGCGAGCGGAGCACGCCGGAGCUUCCCCGCAGAGCGGUUCUGGCGAGAACAUCCCCUUUGCCGAAGAGGGCAACCUGACCAUCAGACAGCGACCGCGGCAGAUGGGGGUGGCCAAGGCUGAAGGGGGGGAUGCCCCGUUGCUCUCCCACCGUGACCUCACCAAGGUGGAGGCCAGUGCCACCCUGAAGAGGAGGAUCCGGGCCAAGCAAAGCCAACAGGACGGCAUCAAGUUCCUCCUCACAGAGUCCGACACGGUCAAGAGGCGGCCGAAGUUGAAAGACAAGGAGCAGGAACCGGCACCGUUGUCGGUGUAUCAGAACGGCACGGCCACCGUAAAGCGCCGCCCGGCCUCUGACACGAGCAGCACGGGAGCCUCGCAGGAGAAAUCUGACCGUGUUUCGACGCAGCUCCCCGUGGAAGGCGAGCCCAAGAAACCGGCCAAGCCACCAGUAUCUCCUAAGCCUGUACUACCCCAGAAAGCCUCUGGGCCCCCCACACCCACCUCCAAAAAGGCCCCAAUUCCUGGCCCUGGCAGUCCAGAAGUGAAGCGGGUCCACGGCACCCCACCUCCGGUCUCCCCCAAGCCCACGCCUCCCCCGACCGCCCCCAAGCCGAAGGUCCACGCUGCCCUCCAGUCGGCAAGUGCCAGCUCCACGCCCGCACCAUCGCCUGCCAAGCAGCUGGUGCCCACCAUCAAGCCGUCAAGCACACCCCCCUCGCUCUGCUCCAGCCCAGCCAAGCCCCUCUCUCCCGGCGGGGUGGCGUCUCAGACAGUGCCGGUCAAGCCGCCGCGCUCUUCCAUGGCUGGGCCUUCGGCAGAGAGCGUCAGUGCGGAGAGCGCCCACCAGAAACUGGAGGAGACGAGCGCCUCGCUUGCGGCGGCCCUGCAAGCUGUGGAGGAGAAGAUCAAGCAGGAGGAUGGGCAGGCAUCAGACUCCGCCGUGGAAUCCAAGAGCACAGUCAGCAUCCUGGACGACAUCGGCAGCAUGUUCGACGACCUCGCGGACCAGCUGGAUGCCAUGUUGGAAUGA